UAACUAAAGAUGGAAACACUGGAGUCAGAACUGACUUGCCCAAUUUGCCUAGAGUUGUUUGAAGACCCCCUGCUGCUGCCGUGUGCUCACAGCCUCUGCUUCAGCUGCGCCCACCGCAUCCUGGCCUCCAGCGGCUCCUCCGGCGAGCCCCUGGAGCCCCUGGGCGCCUUCCAGUGUCCCACGUGCCGCUAUGUCAUCUCCCUCAACCAUCGGGGCCUGGAGGGCCUCAAGCGCAAUGUAACCCUGCAGAACAUCAUCGACCGCUUCCAGAAGGCCUCCCUCAGUGGGCCCAACUCCCCCGGUGAGAACUGCCGUGAGCGGCUCUAUCGCCAGAGCCCGACCAUGUCGACGGCGGGCGACCGGAUCGCAUGCCAGUUCUGCGAGCAGGAUCCCCCGCGGGACGCCGUCAAGACCUGCAUCACCUGCGAGGUCUCCUACUGCGACCGCUGCCUGCGAGCCACGCACCCCAACAAGAAGCCCUUCACCAGCCACCGGCUGGUGGAGCCGGUGCCGGACGCCCACUUCCGCGGGCUGACCUGUCUCGAGCAUGAGAACGAGAAGGUGAACAUGUACUGUGUGGCUGAUGACCAGCUCAUCUGUGCCUUAUGCAAACUGGUGGGGCGGCACCGGGAUCACCAGGUGGCGUCUCUGAGCGAUCGGUUCGAGAAGCUCAAGCAAACACUGGAGAUGAACCUCACCAACCUGGUUAAACGAAAUAGUGAGCUGGAAAACCAGAUGGCCAAACUGAUACAGAUCUGCCAGCAGGUGGAGGUGAACACAGCCAUGCAUGAGGCCAAGCUGAUGGAGGAAUGUGAUGAGCUGAUGGAGAUCAUCCGUCAGCGCAAGCAAGUGAUUGCUGUCAAGAUCAAAGAAACCAAGGUGAUGAAGCUGAGGAAGCUGGCCCAGCAGGUCGCCAACUGCCGACAGUGCCUGGAGCGGUCGACCGCCCUCAUCAACCAAGCUGAGCAUAUCCUGAAAGAGAACGACCACGCACGGUUCCUGCAGACAGCAAAAAACGUGGCUGAGAGGGUCGCCAUGGCAACUGCAUCCUCUCAAGUUUUGAUACCCGAUAUCAAUUUUAACGAUGCCUUUGAAAACUUUGCUUUAGAUUUUUCCAGAGAGAAGAAACUGCUGGAGGGGCUGGAUUAUCUAACAGCACCCAACCCACCUCUGGUCCGUGAAGAGCUUUGCACUGCCUCCCACGACACGAUCACUGUCCACUGGAUCUCAGAUGAUGAGUUCAGCGUCAGCUCUUACGAGCUCCAGUACACCAUCUUCACCGGCCAGGCCAACUUCAUCAGCCUGUACAACUCCAUGGACAGCUGGAUGAUUGUCCCCAACAUCAAGCAGAACCACUACACGGUGCACGGGCUGCAGAGUGGCACGCGGUACAUCUUCCUGGUCAAGGCGAUCAACCAGGCUGGCAGCCGGAACAGUGAACCUGCCAGACUGAAGACAAACAGCCAGCCCUUCAAGCUGGAUCCCAAGAUGGCCCACAAGAAGCUCAGGAUCUCCAAUGAUGGACUCCAGAUGGAGAAAGAUGAGAGCUCUCUGAAGAAGAGCCACACGCCUGAGAGGUUCAGCGGGACGGGGUGCUAUGGCGCGGCGGGCAAUGUCUUCAUCGACAGCGGCUGCCACUACUGGGAGGUGACGGUGGGCGCCUCCACCUGGUACGCCAUCGGCAUCGCCUACAAAUCAGCCCCGAAGAAUGAGUGGAUCGGCAAGAACUCCUCUUCCUGGGUCUUUUCCCGCUGUAACAAUAACUUUGUUGUGCGGCACAACAACAAGGAGAUGCUCGUGGACGUUCACCCACAGAUGAAGCGCCUGGGUGUUCUCCUGGACUACGACAACAAUGUCUUCUCCUUCUAUGACCCGGCCAACUCCCUCCACCUCCAUACCUUCGAGAUCGCCUUCAUCUUGCCUGUCUGCCCCACCUUCACCAUUUGGAACAAAUCUUUAAUGGUUGUCUCGGGUCUGCCUGCCCCAGACUUUAUAGACUACCCUGAGCAGCAGGAAUGUAACUGCCGGCCACAGGAAUCCCCGUACGUUUCAGGGAUGAAGACCUGCCAUUGAGGAGUCAGGAAGCCCUAUUCCCCUUCCAGCCAGGCCUCAGGAACUUCUGCGCAACAAGGCUGGGAGGUGGCCCCGUGUCUCCUCAUCUGGCCGACUUCUGGGUCCUGAUGGGACUUCCCCAGUUGGAGGGGGAGCGUGUGCUCAUGGGGCAGGGGUGACGGACUAAGCUUCAUUUUACGUUAUUUUAUUAUUUUUUGCUAGCACUACUGAAUUUUCUCCAAUGGAGUU